AUGAGCGCGCAAGACCAGGCAAAACAAGCCGUGGGCUACUUCGCCGUUGACACGUACGUGAAGAGCGGCAUGCGGCUCGGGCUGGGCACGGGGACUACGGCGAAGUUCGUCGUGGAUCGCAUCGGCCAGAAGAUGAAGGAGGGGACUCUGAAGGACAUUCUCUGCGUUCCGACAAGCGAGGCAACCAGGAAGCAGGCGGAGGCCCUGGGCAUUCCGCUGACGACUCUGGACAGCAUCGACGGCCGGCUGGACGUGGCGAUCGACGGCGCGGACGAAAUUCUGCCGCCCGCGCUGGGGCUCGUGAAGGGGCGCGGCGGCGCCCUCCUCCGCGAGAAAAUCGUCGCGGCUGCUUCCAAGACCUUCAUCGUGGCCGCAGACGGAAGCAAGCUUGUCGAGAACGGCAUUGGCUCCACAGGCGCGAUGCCGGUGGAGGUCACGGCGUUCUCGAGUUCCUACACUAAGCGCGUCAUUGCGAAUUUGCCGGUCGUCCGGCGCCACGGCGGCCGCGCGGAGUUCCGGCGCAGAGCCGGCGUGAGCUCGAGCAGCGGCGAGGAGUUGAAAGAGGAAGAUCGGUUCGUCACAGACAACGGCAACUACAUCGUAGAUCUUUACUUCACCGAAAUCGUGAAGGACCCUCAGGAGCUUGAAACAGAACUCAAGAAGGUUGCCGGCGUGGUGGAGACGGGCCUCUUCCUGGGCCUCGCCUCCGCGUGUUUGAUUGGCAAGCCAGAUGGAUCAGUACAGACGAUGACGGCGCAGCGUGCGUGA